UUUAUAUAAACCCUCGUGAGAACCCAGAAGCUCGUCCACACCCUCGAGCUCCCCGGCCGAUGCCCUUUCGCUGCCACCACUGCCCCCCGCCGGAGAUUUUCGCCGUAUCCCAUCCCACAUGGCCAACCCCCCGCAGCCCCCGCCGGACUGCAUAACCGACGACUUCUUCGAGCAAAUACUAUCCAUGCCCUCCUACGCUGGAACCGAUCCUAGCGCCGCCGGUAUCGGCCUCCAACUCAACUCCGGCGAGGGCUCUGCUGCUUCCUUGGCCAGCGCCAGCGGAGGGUAUUCUGGGUCGUUGUUCCCGCUUGGGCUGAGCUUGGAGCAAGGAAGGAGCGGGUUUGGGGUGGCCGACGAUGGGUCCGGUGGCGGGAAGCGGUUUCGGGAUGAGAACAAUGAUAAGGCGGCGAUGAAACCGGAACUGGCGAGCUUCUUCCCGGCGUUCGGACACGUUCAGGCACAUCAAAUCCGGCCCAAUCCUCCUCCUCAGAUGUUCAAUGCAAAAGUGACGAAUAUUGGAGUUGCGUCUGUGGCGCCGCUGCAGCCACCGGCCCCUCGGCCGAGGGUGCGCGCCCGGCGGGGACAGGCUACAGAUCCGCACAGUAUAGCUGAACGGCUACGUAGAGAAAGAAUAGCAGAAAGGAUGAGGGCUUUACAAGAGUUGCUACCAAACUCCAACAAGACAGACAGAGCAGCCAUGCUUGAUGAAAUUCUAGAUUAUGUGAAGUUUUUGAGGCUGCAAGUCAAGGUUCUGAGCAUGAGCCGUUUGGGUGGUGCUGGUGCUGUGGCACAGCUGGUAGCUGAUAUCCCAGUCUCAUCUGUUGAGGGUGACACAAGUGAGAGUACAAACAAACAACAGCAGGUGUGGGAGAAGUGGUCCACUGAUGGCACUGAAAAACAAGUGGCAAAGCUCAUGGAAGAAGACAUCGGAGCAGCUAUGCAGUUCCUCCAGUCCAAAGCUCUUUGUAUCAUGCCUGUAUCACUUGCCAGUGCCAUCUACCACUCAAACCACCAGCCCGAUUCCCCGACGGUAGUCAAGCCGGAACCUAACCCCUCUUCAUAGCCCAAAAUCAAACCCAACCUCAGCUCAUGUUCUCAAUCUGAUCUGAUCUGAUCUGAUCAUACAAGGCACAUUGUAGCUCCAAUCUCUUACGAUAGUUGGUCAAGAUAGUUCCACAAAAAUGGCCCACCCUACCCACCAGUAAGACAUCUCUCUAUCUCAUCUUCUUUCUCUUUUUUCCUUUGUCUCCUUUUUGUCAAAAGUGCUGUGAUUACAAGGCAAGCAAAGCAAAGCAAAGCUAAGCAAAGAGUGUCCACUGGGAAUGUAUCUCCUGAUGUUUCAAUGCUAUUCUCAUACCUUCUUUUAAAAUUGAGAGUGAAGUGUUUGUCAAAGGUCUUGCCGGCUCUUGAUUUUGUUACUGGGGUGUGUAGGGCACUAGCUAAGCAAGCACUUUGUGGUGGGAGCUAUUGGCUUUACUUUUGUAGUUAGUGGAGCUCUGGGGUCUCCAAAAAGGAUUAUGUUAUGCUGAUGGGUGGGUAUGGAUUACCACAAUCCAAUAUAUGUGUUUUUUAAGCAAUGAAAAGCAAGUUGAAAUGGAUGAUGA